AUGGGUCCAGAGGCAGCACUCUAUAAGAAGGGAAGAACUGAUUCUCAACAGGGAACUCAGCAGCAGUUCUAUUGGAUAUCUCCUGUGAUUCUACGGAGGAGAGCAACUUCGAAGCGCAGACGUGUAAACAGCUGCAGAAACAAAAAUGUUUGUGUCAACUUGGGGCAGCCAUUUCCAGAGGACGGUGAGAAUGAAGAAAACAGUCACUUGGAUGAUAUCUUCCAAAGGGCAGAAAACAUCAUCUUGAGAUCUAUUCUCACGAAGGCUGACGAUGACGAAGAGGAUACCAACAAAGACCUAAGUGCUUCUCAGCUGAACUGGAUUUCCAAAAGACAGCACCCUGGAAAGAGAUCUCUAAAUGACUUAGACAAGAGGCAGCACCCUGGGAAAAGGGAAGACGUGAGUGAUGGUUCCUAUGGAGAAACUCUGAAGCGGCAACACCCUGGGAAAAGAGAGGAAGACGACGUAUUUGAAAGCUACUUAGAACUGCAGAAGAGGCAACAUCCUGGCAGAAGGGCCCUGUGGGAUCGGUACCCUGAGAUCCCUAGCAACCAGCUGGCCUAUCUGAAUGAAUUAUCCAAAAGGCAACAUCCGGGCAAGAGAUACCUGGCUUACAGCAAGCGACAGCAUCCCGGCAAGAGAAGCUGGGAGGAUGAGCUCGAUGGCAGUGAGCAGGACUUGGAGAAACGGCAACAUCCAGGGAAGAGGUAUCUGGGUUCAGAGAGUCCAGACUACCCUGUCCCCUGUGAUCCCCAGGAUUCCAUCAACUGCAGCAAAGGCAGCUUGUUGUUGGAGCUGCUAGAUAACGUCAACAAAAGCCAGGUAGAAGAGAAGCGACAACACCCUGGAAGAAGGUCUUCAUGGGACGGGGAAGUGGAGGCGGAGGAAUGA